UUCAAGGCCGGAGGCGCCGGGAACAUGCCGAGCGCAGUCGCAGGCCACAGGCCGACCACAAAGGUCGGCAACAAGCCCUUCAAGUCGCGCAAGGCCACCAAGGGCGCCUUGCGAACACUGGCAAAAGGCAAAGUACCCACUGAAAAGGGCCAGCGCAAGACCCAACACCAGCAAGUCAUGUCCAAGCUCGACCGCCGCAACCAGUCCCGACAGAAGCUGCUUAACAAGCAGCGCGAGCACCGCAGCGACAACCAGGUCUUUGCGGGCCGCGACGGCGCCCCGCGCAAUGUCGCCGUCAUACCCCUCUGCGCCGACGGCGACGCCGCCGACGCCAUCCGCUCCCUGAAUCUGAGCCUCGACAUCGAGGCUGAAGUCUCGCCCGGCUGCACCCGCGUCUCGGUCGACCGCUUCAAGCAGAAGCUCGCAUACUUCCCCGUGGCCCGCGACCUGGCCACUUGUCUGGACGCCGCGCGCGUCGCCGACUUUGUCGUCCUCGUGCUCUCGGCCGAGGUCGAGGUUGACCAGCUGGGUGAGCUGAUUCUGAGGAGCGUGGAGAGCCAGGGUGUGUCGACCGUCUUCACCACGGUCCAGGGCCUCAACAAGGUCGAGCCAGCGAAGCAGCGGCUGUCGAUUGUUGACUCGCUCAAGUCGUACAUCAAGUACUACCACCCCGACCAGGACAAGAUCUACAACCUGGACAACAGGCAGGAGUGCUCAAACCUCAUGAGGUCCGUCUGCAGCACGACACCAAAGGGCGUGGUGUGGAGGGACGAGCGCAGCUGGAUGCUGGUCGAGGACGUUCAGUUUCCGGCCUCUGAAUCCGACCUGACUGUGGUCACCGGUGUGGUCAGGGGCAAGGGCCUAAAGGCAGACAGGCUGGUCCAGGUGGGAGACUGGGGUACGUUCCAGAUUGAAAAGAUUGUGGCCGCGCCGUUGUCGACAAAGAAGGCCAAGGAAGGGUCAAUGGCGGUCGAUGAUGCGCCGUCACAAGAGCCGCUUGACGUGCCGACAGAUGACAGGGAUGACCUGGACGAGCUUGCGCCAGAGGAGAUCGUAAUGGAGGAUGACGACGGAAUGGACGACGCUCAGACAUCGGCCUCUGCGCCAACAAAGAAGGGUGUUCUUCUCGACGACCACCACUAUUUUUCAGACGACGAGGAGGGACAGCCACAGAUUCGCAAGAGGUUACCCAAGGGAACCUCAAAGUACCAAUCUGCCUGGUAUUUGGACGACGGCAUGUCGGACUCGGGCUCCGAUCUGGAAGAUGUCGACAUGGAGGAGGACGCACAGAGCGAGGCGGCACCGAGACCAGAGGAUGGCGUCGAGGGCAUGGCCGUGGACGCGCAGACCGAGUAUGGAGCGUCAGAGUACCCCCAAUCCGAGAUGUUUGUGGAGCCAAACGAGGACGAGGACGCCAGACAGCUCGAGGCGUACCGAGCAAGCAGGCGAGAUGAGGCCGAGGACGACAAGGAGUUCCCCGACGAGAUCGAGCUGCACCCCAACGUCCUCGCACGGGAGCGUCUGGCACGGUACAGAGGUCUCAAGAGUCUGAGGACAAGCAAGUGGGAGGAAGAGGAGGAUAGGGCGCAUGAGCCCGAGGAUUGGCGCCGGUUGCUCCAGGUCCCCGACUACAACGGAUCAAAGUCGCGAUGCCUGCGGGAAGCGCUCGUCGGCGGCGUUGCACCAGGCACCAGGGUCGCUGUUCACCUGAAGGGCGUUCCAGCUUCGGUGGCGGAAUCCUACGACGGCAGGAAACCCGUCACCAUGUUCUCGCUGCUGAGGCAUGAGAACAAGCAGAGCGUGGUCAACUUCUUGAUCAACCUUAGCUCCGAGUUCCCGAGGUCACUCAAGGCCAAGGAAGAGCUGGUGAUACAGUACGGACCAAGGAGGCUCGUCAUCAACCCCUUGUUCUCCCAGGGUGGCAACACGCCAAACGACGUGCACAAGUACGGCAGGUUCUUGCACCCGGGUCAGUCGGCGGUGGCAACUUUUAUCGGGCCCGUGAUCUGGGGUCCUGUGCCGGCCUUGUUCUUCAAGAAGCAGGAGGGCGGCAGCGGCGACGACGACGACAACCUGCCGCUGACGCUUGUGGGCACCGGCACGGCCCUGCCACCGUCGACGGGCCGCGUGGUCGCCAAGCGCGUGAUCCUGACGGGUCACCCGUACCACAUCCACAAGAAGAUCGUGACGAUCCGCUACAUGUUCUUCAACCGCGAGGACGUCGAGUGGUUCAAGGCCCUGCCGCUGUGGACGAGGCGGGGACGCAGCGGGUACUUCAAGGAGGCGCUCGGCACGCACGGCUACUUCAAGGCGACGUUUGACGGCCGCAUCAACCCGCAGGACAGCGUCGGCGUCAGUCUGUACAAGCGGGUCUGGCCCAGGAAGUCGGUGCCGUUCAGGGGGGAGCUGCUUGGGGCUGAGGAGGUUCCCAAGCUGGUCGAGGCGAGUGCUAUGGAUGAAGAUAUUGCUUGA